AUGUCCAUCUGGUACGCCUAUCAAGCCAACAUUGAUCUUCUCGAAGGCAACCUCAAAGGCACGGACAAGCUGAAUGUCAAUAAGCUUGAAAUCUGCCCAGGAAAGUCCGGCAGUGGUCGUCAUGGUACCAUGACCUUCGAGGAAUUUAUCCUUUUCACCAACAGAGAUGCAAAAGGUGUUGUCCCUGCACCACGGAGGGGUUGGAAUCUGCCACAAAGCAGCCCAAAAUACUACGACAGGACAGCUCAAAAUCUUGUAGACAAGAGGGCUAUGUCACAUAAGUGGUAUGGAACUCGCGGCAUCAUCAAGAGCGCCGGGAGUUACGUUAAUGUUCUUCCCGCGGUCAGCGGGGCUCUGUACAAGUUUGCUCAAUCGCUCCCUGGGGACAAUAUCAGCGUCCGGAAUUCUAGACUGUGUGUUGAAAAGGUCGUUCAGACCCGUCAGGUUGACUACGAUUUGUACCGCAUCCCCGCUAUGAAGGCCAGCGCCGAGUUCAAAGACAUCAAGAUCGAGCCAUAUGAGCUUGUGUUGGGGACAAAGAAGGGUAGCUCAACCGCUGUACUUGACCUAGAUGCUGUUGCUGCAGACAACAACCUCAACGCUGCCGCUUUCCAGCAGAAGGUUAAUGAUUGGGAAGACAAUGUGUUCCCCAAGGAUCCCAUUUAUGGACUGCAUGCAGAAGGACAUGCGGGAUCCCUCAGAGCUUCCAAGCAGGCUCUUAAUUUGGCCAACACAGGAACGUGUUAG